AUGGCACAAUCAACCCCGAGUCUCAACGGCAGUGACGCCGUCUACUACGCCUACAGCUCCGCCACCACCACCGCGCCCGCCGAAAAAACCUGGCAAACCCUCAUCGACACCUCCACCUGGCCAUCAUGGAACAGCUUCUGCCCACGCGUAACCAUCCGCCAUCAACCGGGCCAACAUGAACUGUCCCCGAUACUGCAGAACGGCACACGAAUGACCUUCCACGUGCACAUGGACCCCAACUCGCCCGCCGAAACGGACGUGUAUCUCGUCGUCACGUUGUUCGAGCCGCCGGAAGGAGGUAAAACCGGUCGCAUUGCAUGGAGCGCCGAUUACACUGCGUCAGGGACACUGCCGCGGUUUUUAUUACAGGCGGAACGCGUGCAUGAGAUUGAACCAUUCGGCGAGGGUCGCGGGAGUGAAGUCAGAAACUGGGAGGUGCAGGUUGGGUAUGCGGCGUAUGCGGUGCGGUGGAUGUAUGGGAGGGUGGUUCAGGAGGCGUUCGAGAGGUGGGUGCAGGAUUUGAGGAGCUAUGUUGCUUAG